GCUCUUGGAAACCUAUUGGGCUGUGGGACUGAGGUCGGAAAGACAACAUUUAUUAAAAUGGCAUUUUACAAUGGAAUAUACCCUUUUUAUCCCCAAGAAAGAAUGCCAUAUGUUUUCAGUGUGGAUUACAUCAUCAUCAUCAUUGUCUUUUUGGUGUUUGCUUUGGCUUUUGUCCUUAUUGUGCUUGGAAUAAGAGGGAAAGCGAGGAUUUCCUGGUCGUGCAGAAUUUUAACAAGUCUGUUCAUUGGGUCUGUAACUGUGGCUGUUAACUUCACUUCAGACUGGGAAGUUGGUUCCGUCAAUACUACAACUACUUACAAAUCGUUCAGUAAUGCUGUGGUGAAUGCGGACGUUGGACUACAUGUUGGACUCAAAGGCAUUAAUGUCACUCUUAGAGGAAAGCCGAUCCAUCAGAUCAAUGAAACUAUAAAUUACAAUGAACAAUUUAUUUGGAGUUUUGGACAAGAUUUCAAUGAAUAUUACAAAGAAGGACUUAAAAGAGGACUCCCAAACCCAAUCUUAUAUGUGGCAGAAAAAUUUACCCAAAAUAACCCAUGUGGAUUGUUUGCCCAGUAUAGAAUAUCUGGACAUUAUGCUUCUGCAUGUAUGUGGGUGGCAUUUUGCUCAUGGAUUAUCUCCAAUGUUCUUUUUUCUAUGGCGGUAUUCAUAUAUGGAGCUUACAUGAUCCUCCUGACAGCAGCAUUUAUGAUUUUCUCAUUAGUUUCUUUUGCAACUGUAAGAAAUGUAGCAUUUUGUGGCAUACAGUUUGGAAAGGAGUCUCUGAAAACUGACUUUGCAGGAUCUUUUUGGCUCACUUUGGCAACAGGUCUCCUUUGUUUUUUUAUUGGGGUGACAUUAAUCAUACUGAAUUAUUUUGUUCCUGAGAAACUGAAGAUGUUUUUUAACAUGACUGAUGAAGAAGAAGAGGAAGAUAGGCCUUUAGAAAUAUACAGCAAUAAAAGCUGCAUACAUAUUACAGAACAAAAUCCUGUGUAAUGGUGUAAAUAUAUGGUGGGACUUUCAACAAUCCUACUGACAAAUGAAGAGCUUCUCUCAAUUCAAUUAUGAAACAGGGCCCUGGGACAGUACGAUUCCAUGGAGCCAACUCUAACAUAUUGCAUUCCCAAAAAUCAUAUUUAAGGUCACAGGAAGGGAUCACAUGAAAUCUCUAUAGACUGCUGGCUGGGAAUCUCGACAUGGUACAGCUUUACCUGUUACUGAUUGCUUCAUUCAACUAUAAAAUGUACUUUUCAGUUGCUGAUGUUAUCACAUUACAUGAAAUGGGACGCUCCCUCUGCCAUCAGUGAUAAUACUCCAGGAACCGAGCCUGCCUGUGUCUCAAAUACCUCUGCUACAUGUCCUAAUCUGGUCUUCUACAUCACCCAGAAAAACAAACAAUUUGUUCCUGCUGUGCAGUGAAGGCAAAUAUGCAAAUGACAAGAAGCAAGUGGCCAAUUGAAUGUACCUCUGCUGAUUUGUGACUCAGCAUAUCUAGCAUGCUUCUAGAAAAUUAAUUAUGACAUUUUCCCUUGUAAAGAGCUAUUGAAAAUGAGGAAGAAGUCCAUAAUAUUGCAUACUUGAAAUAAAUGCUCUCUGGAAGGGCUACUUGACUAAAAAAAAAACAUUGUUAGUUUUGCACUGUUUUCAAAUGAAAGAUUCAGUAAAAGUUAAUAAAAUAAAUAUUAAUUUAAUCAAAUCAGACUUUUUAGAGUUUUAAUAUUAUCUACAAGUGUAUAUGAAUAAAGU